GAGACUUCACCUCCCCAAAUGAUCAUUAUCCAAAUCCAACCACAAGAUAUUUGUAAUGGGGGAAGAUCCCUACAGAAAGAUAGAGAGAGAGUGUGUGGGGGAGGAGAGAGCGCCAUCUCUCAUCCUUGUAAAGAGAAUGGCAGCAUCGUCGUCAUCAUCCAUUCUGCAUUCUCCCUUCCUCAAGCCCACAAACGGACCCCAAAUCCGACCACCCAUCCAGAUACCCAUCAGCUCCAAGAGCUUCUACUUGCCAGCGACCCUCUGCUCAUCAUCAUCUUCAUCUUAUCAUCAGGAACAGGAGCAUACAGGAGGAAGAGGGAGAUCGUCAUGGCCCAAUACGCAGGCGAACACCACCCUGGAUAUGGUGAAGGACCGACAGGGAGUGUGGUCGGUAAGGCAGAAGAAGGUGGUGGUGCUGUGGGACCUUGACAACAAGCCACCCAAGGGGCCGCCCUACCAGGCCGCGAUGGCGCUUCGGUCGUUCGCCGGCCGCUUCGGCGAGGUCGUGGACGUGUCGGCCUAUGCGAACCGUCACGCCUUCAUCCACCUGCCGCGGUGGGUGAUGGAGCAUCGGCGGGACCGCCGCGCCCUGGAUGUCCUUGAGCGCAAGGGUCUCGUCGUCCCCGACGAGCCCUACGUCUGCAGCGUCUGCGGCCGCAAGUGUCGCACCAACCUCGACCUGCGCCGCCAUUUCAAGCAGCUGCACGAGCGUGAGCGUCAGAAGAAGCUUGCCCGUAUGCGCUCCCUCAAGGGCAAGAAGCGGCAGCGCUACCGCGACCGCUACGUCUCCGGCAACAGCAAGUACGAGGAGGCCGCGCGCGAGAUUCUCACACCUAAGGUCGGGUACGGCCUCGCUGGCGAGCUCCGGCGGGCCGGCGUGUUCGUCAAGACCGUGGAGGACAAGCCGCAGGCGGCCGACUGGGCGCUGAAGCGCCAGAUGCAGCAUGUGAUGAACAGGGGAAUAGAUUCCCUCUUGUUGGUGUCCGACGAUUCGGACUUCGGGGAGAUGCUCCGGCGGGCGAGGGCAAGCGACCUGCAGACGGUGGUGGUGGGCGACGGGCAGGCGCUAAGAAGGCACGCCGACGUUUGGGUGUCGUGGAACGCCCUUGAAUUUGGUGAAUUGGAUUCCGCCGUCGACAAUGCGUUCUUCACCGGCGGUGCAGAGGAGAACGCCUCGCGUAUGUUCUCAACUUCGUUUCUGGAUGAAGAAUACGAGUUUGAUGAUGAUCGGGAUGAUGAAGAAGAUGAUAAUUAUCAUUUUGGUGGCCUGAGCAUUUCAGUUUUCUCAGAAGGGGAGGAUAUUCUGUACUUGAGCAGCGAAGAAGAUGAAGGUGGGGAGGAUGUUGAAUUCUUCAUCUAAGAGUGCAGGAAGGCAAAAACUGUAUCCAUGAAAUGGGUGGUGCUUCUUGUUUGUUUGAGACUUCAAACAAGACGGCUGUUGGAGAUUCAAAAGAAGAUACAUUUCGCUCGAUUUUGUUGGUUAUAACUAACAUAUUGCAUCGAAUUCUUCGUCCAAGUAAGAUUUGGAUGCAGUUCAGGCAGAGGCAUCUUUAGAAACAAGCUUCGUAAAUGGUGUUGUCGAAUUCUUCGUCCAAGUAAGAUUUGGAUGCAGUUCAGGCAGAGGCAUCUUUAGAAACAAGCUUCGUAAAUGGUGUUGUCGAAUUCUUCGUCCAAGUAAGAUUUGGUUGCAGUUCAGGCAGAGGCAUCUUUAGAAACAAGCUUCGUAAAUGGUGUUGCGCACUUCUUAGUGCUUACGCCCGACUAGAGCCUGAAUCGUAUUUCUCAGGCUCUGGCCAAAGGAUCUUGCCGUCGCUUGUGGAUUUGUGCUAAAGUGAAAGGCUACAUCAACUGAGCAGUUUCGUUUCAAUGCUUUUUCUGAUCAUUAAUCAGACCCUAAAUUUGCUUUAUGUUGGUGAAUGCGCAUUUGCAACAUCUUAUGAAUGAAUUGCCCAAAUGCUUCUCAAUAAAAUGUAAUCCAGACAAAGCGGAUUGGGAGACUCCCAACAGUUGAAAGUACCUUUCUUGUUUGUUUUUGUGUAAUUUGCUUAAGAUGUGAAAACUCAAAAUCAGUGUCAUUAAAUCUAGGCAUGUUAAACCGUCGAUCGAGCCUCAGUAAGGAAUGGACUAUUGUCAUUUGAAGAGGAAGACUUCCUUGUAGUCGGUCAUUAACUGAAGCUGAUCAAGUUAAUGGAAAUCCUUUGGAGUAGUAGGGAACC